AUGGCGACAGCAGAUGUAAUCUAUAACCAGAGCGUGGUAGAGAGGGUGGUCAGCCUUCCUCUGGUCAGCUCCACGUACGGCCUCGUGUCCAGCGUGUACUCCACCACCAAAGACAACCACCCCUAUCUGAAAACUGUGUGCGAAGUGGCCGAGCAGGGAGUGCGAAGCAUCACCUCCGUGGCCCUCAACACCGCCUCCCCCAUCCUGGACAAGCUGGAACCGCAGAUUGCCAUUGCCAACGGUCUGGCCUGCAAAGGAUUGGAUAGGAUUGAGAAAACAUUGCCGAUUCUUCACCAGCCGUCUGAGCAGAUUGUGUCCACCGCUAAAGACGCAGUGACCAGUGCCAAGGAUGUAGUAACUGGAACUGUGUCCGGAGCCAAAGACUCUGUGUCGGACACUUUGAACACGGUGGUGGAGAGGACCAGGGGAGCAGUGCAUGAUGGGAUGGAGAAGACCAAGGCCGUGGUCAACGACAGCGUGAGCACAGUCCUGGAGAGCAGAAUGGCCAGACUCGUGACCAGUGGAGUGGACCAGGCCUUGAGCACGUCCGAGAAUCUGGUGGAGCAGUACCUCCCCCUGACGGCGGACGAGCUGGAACUGGAGGAUAAAACUGUGGAAGGAUUUGACAAGAAUGACCCCAGUUACUACGUCCGUCUCGGCUCAGUGUCGACCAAACUCAGAAAGCGCGUCUACACCAGAGCUGUGGCCAGAAUUCUGGACGGAAAACAACGUAGCCUGGAGUUUAUUUCAGCUCUGAACUCUACUGUUGAUGUGAUAGAACGUGGCAGAAAGAAUAUUGAUGGGGCCAACCAGAUGGUAAAGGACAAACUGGGAUCUAUGGCGUUGUGGAAGUCCGAUGGUCAAACGGAGCAGAUCCACAAGACAGAAGUAAUCGAAUCCCGGACGUUGACCAUGGCACGUUCUCUCACACACCAGCUCCAGACCACUUGCCAGGGCCUUGCAUCAGGUCUGCAGGGUCUUCCCAGCCACAUCCAGCAGGAGGCGCUCUCCCUCAGCCACUCAGCCUCUCAAGUCUACUCUAGCUUCAACAAGGCUCAAGCGUUAGGCGAUCUGUCGGACGGGGUGUUGUCGAACAGCAGGGUGCAGCUCGGGAAAAUGAAGGAUUCUCUCGACAACGUUAUGGACUAUUUGGUCAAUAACACGCCGCUCAAUUGGCUCGUCGGGCCGUUUUAUCCUCGCAUGGCUCCGGAAUACGAUGGGGCUUCGAAUUCAGGUUCAUCUCCACAGGUUGAGAUGGAACCCUUACAGUCAAAACACCACUAG